CAUUAGUAGACAGUGACCACAGACAGUGACAUAACCUAUAACCGGCCCUAAUCACGUUUCAUUGCCGAUUUCAAGGAGAAUCUUCGAGAAGUGCAAGUUUUCAGAGUAAUCUGAAUUCUCUUGAACUCUGUUAUAUCAUUCCACUUGAGUGAAAAAAUGUUGCGCCUGCCUCGUGUCGUUCGUCAAACCGUAUCCUUGAACAAAACCCACCAGUUUUCAAGAUUCUAUGCCAAAGAUGUAAGGUUCGGUGCUGAUGUAAGAGCGCUGAUGCUGCAGGGCGUAGAUGUCCUCGCCGAUGCCGUCGCAGUCACAAUGGGUCCAAAAGGUAGAAAUGUAAUUUUAGAGCAAUCUUGGGGUUCGCCGAAAAUAACAAAAGAUGGUGUGACAGUAGCCAAAGGAGUAGAACUCAAAGACAAAUUUCAGAAUAUCGGUGCCAAACUUGUCCAAAACGUAGCAAAUAAUACGAACGAAGAAGCCGGCGAUGGAACUACAACUGCUACGGUGCUCGCGAGAGCUAUCGCGAAAGAGGGUUUCGAGAAAAUUUCUAAGGGAGCGAAUCCGAUUGAAAUUCGCCGAGGGGUUAUGUUGGCCGUGGAAACUGUUAAAGAAAAGUUGAAGAACAUGUCAAAGCCGGUCACGACGCCUGAAGAAAUCGCGCAGGUCGCGACUAUCUCUGCGAAUGGUGACGUUGCGAUCGGCAAACUCAUCGCCGAUGCUAUGAAGAAGGUCGGCAGGGACGGAGUCAUCACUGUCAAAGACGGCAAGACGCUCACCGACGAACUCGAAAUUAUCGAAGGUAUGAAAUUCGACAGAGGUUAUAUUUCACCAUAUUUCAUCAACUCCUCCAAGGGGGCGAAGGUCGAGUUCCAAGAUGCCUUAGUUCUAUUUUCCGAGAAGAAAAUUAGUAACGUACAGACAAUCAUUCCUGCUUUAGAGUUAGCCAACCAGCAGAGGAAACCGUUAGUCAUCAUUGCUGAGGAUGUUGAUGGAGAGGCGUUAUCGACCUUGGUUGUGAACAGGUUGAAGAUUGGGUUGCAGGUUGCCGCUGUGAAAGCUCCUGGUUUUGGCGACAACAGAAAGGCUACAUUGAGUGAUAUGGCCAUUGCGACUGGUGGUGUUGUAUUUGGUGAUGAAGCCAACCUCAUCAAGUUGGAAGACGUCCAAUUAUCCGACCUUGGUCAUAUUGGAGAGGUGAUUAUCACCAAAGACGACACUCUCCUGCUCAAAGGGAAAGGCAAGAAAGCUGAUAUCGAAAGAAGAGCUGAACAGAUCCGUGACCAGAUCCAAGAAACAACUUCUGAAUAUGAGAAGGAGAAGUUACAAGAGCGACUUGCGAGACUUGCGUCUGGUGUAGCAGUUUUACAUGUCGGGGGAUCCAGUGAAGUAGAAGUAAAUGAGAAGAAGGAUCGUGUCAAUGAUGCUUUAAAUGCAACCAGAGCUGCCGUUGAAGAAGGAAUCGUCCCUGGAGGUGGCUCAGCUCUUCUCAGAUGUAUUCCUGAACUGGACUCCAUCAAAACAACAAACAGCGACCAGGCUACUGGCAUUGAAAUCAUUAAGAAAGCAUUAAGGAUGCCCUGUAUGCAAAUUGCUCGCAAUGCUGGUAUUGAUGGAUCAGUUGUAGUUGCCAAAGUUGAGGAUAUGGGCCCCGAAUUUGGAUAUGAUGCUUUGAACAAUGAAUACGUUAACAUGAUUGAAAAGGGCAUUAUUGAUCCAACGAAAGUUGUAAGAACAGCGUUAACGGAUGCCAGUGGAGUUGCAUCGUUAUUAACAACUGCUGAAGCUGUAAUCUGCGAUAUUCCUCAAGAGAAGGAACCUAACCCGAUGGCUGGCAUGGGUGGAAUGGGAGGAAUGGGGGGAAUGGGUGGGAUGAUGUAAUCUUCCAAAGACAUUUAUAAGUUUUAUACCGCAUUUAAAGUGUAAAGACUAUAAUUAUUUCACAAGUUAAGGGUAUUGCAAUGACUGGUAAUGUGCAGUGAAUGGUUUAUGUUUAAUGAUGUCCGAUUGAUUGUGUUAGAUUAGAAAGACAGCUGUCUUAGAAUUAUUUAGUUUAAAAUGUUUGCUUCAGUGGAGCAGGAGUUAUUUUUAAAAAUAAAUAAUGUUGUUCA